AUACGAGUAAAUGCAGACCCGUUCUGCAUUAAUUCAUGUCCGCGGAUAAAAGUGGGCAAUGCUGUCAGAACAAAUAUGCAAUUUGACAGUUCAGCAAACUGGCAGCCGACCUGCCGACGUGACUGUGUUGCCUGUGACGGAGUGUGCCCAUCUGGAGUGAAGGACGUUGUUAGCGGUCCACCGGUUUAAGCAGGCCUGGAAGAACUGGGAAAGUGUAUGCGAGUUCGUCUUCUGCCGGCUUGUGCACGUGCAGCAAAAACGUACUUUAAACUCGCUGUUCAGAUAGCAUCGACGGUGAAUCAAGGCACACGUCUUUCGACCAAGCAGACUAAACCAAAACUGAGAUCUCUCUUGGCGAUUAACCGGCAGCUGCAGCGAAAAUAGGACAAGCGAACUUGUCCACUAUACUAUCCACAAUUAACCACCUUCCAUAAGCUCCGCGAUUUGCUAAUCAAACGCUCUUGAGAAACGCGGCCAUAUACUGCUACUGGCUAUACUAACGGAAACAUUUCGCUAAUUUGUGUCUUUUAAGAAUAAUAUCUCAUAAAUACAGUACUGUAUAUACGUCGUGCAAUCUGGCCGUUCGGUAUUCGGACUGCGAGCGCUGACCAGGGAAUAUUUAGUUGGCCAUGAAAAUUGACGUGCACAAUCACAUUCUGCCGCCAACGUGGCCGGAUUUGAAACAAAAGUACGGCUACGGCGGCUGGGUGCAGAUGCAGCCCGAUCCGGCGGAAGAGGGCCAACCGCCCACGGCCAGCAUGUACCAGGACGGCAAGUUCUUCCGCAAGGUAGAAGAAAAUUGCUGGAACCCCGCCGCCCGGCUGCGCGACAUGGACCGCCUCGGGGUGACGGUGCAGGCGCUGUCCACCGUGCCCGUCAUGUUCAGCUACUGGGCGAAAGCGGAGGACUGCCUGGAUCUGUCGCGCUUCCUCAACGACCACAUCGCCGACGUGGUGCGCCAGCAUCCGCGCCGCUUCGUCGGCCUGGGCACCGUGCCGCUGCAGGCACCGGCGUUGGCCAUCCAGGAGAUGCGCCGCUGUCGCCAUGAACUGAAAUUUCCCGGCAUCCAGAUCGGCUCGCACGUCAACGAAUGGAAUCUCGACGCGCCGGAACUGCGGCCCUUCUUCCAGGCUGCUGAAGAGCUGGACUGCGCCAUCUUCGUGCAUCCCUGGGACAUGGACAGCAAGCGCAUGGGCAAAUACUUCUUCCCCUGGCUUAUCGGAAUGCCAACGGAGACCACGCUGGCCAUCGGCUCCCUGAUCUUCGGCGGCGUCCUGGAAGCUUUUCCUAAACUGAAGUUGUGUUUCGCGCACGGCGCCGGCUCCUUCCCGUACACCUGCGGCCGGCUGCAGCACGGCUACGACACGCCGGACCUCUGCGCCGUGGCCUGCAGUCAGCCGCCGCGGCACUUCCUGGGCCGCUUCUGGGCCGACUCCCUCGUCCACGACGCCGACGCCCUGCGCCUCCUCGUCGGGAAACUGGGUAGCGCUCGCGUCGUCCUGGGCACCGACUAUCCUUUUCCGCUCGGCGAAGACCAGCCGGGACAGCUUAUCGUGGACACCGGCUUCCCGCCACAAGUCACGGAGCAACUGCUGUACAAGAACGCUCUGGACUUCCUCGGCCUCGAUGCCGCAGAGUUCGGGGAAAGCGCGAAACAAUGAUCCCGCAACUAAUCUCUGACAUAAUCCCCGUCGCGCGGCCCGUACAGUGCCUACACUCCCGCGGGACAACCACUCCAGCCGAUUACACAUGCGCACUACACACAAUCGGCUUUUCUCCUGCUGCCUGUUUUUCCUUGUAAUCCCUCCGCAUUCCUCAAUGUUUUCUUAACACGCAGAGCAACACAACUGUGCGUCUUUAUGCAUGUAAUGAUAAAUAAUUCCCGCACGCCACGCUACGUAAAUCCUGUCAUUUGCCCUUUGACCUUUGCACCUAUAUACGCUGAUAAUCGCGCUAAUUUCCUAAUAAUGCACCGUUCAUAACAAAUUAUAGGUAACAAUUUUCCUGUCAAAACUCGUCUUAAUGAAUGUUAUCGCGUGGUGACCUUUAGCGUCGGCGCUAUCGUGGCGCGCAUGUUGGUUGUUUCCGGCGCAACUUGAUG